GAGAAGAUGUACCGUAACAAAACGCCUACCGUUCAGAGUUCUACUUCUGGUAAUGCACCAAGUAAUCAAUCACAUGCAGAAUUAUUGAAAAAGAAACGUUCUCAUGCAGCAACUAGUUAUCUGCCAUACGUGAAUUCUACAGGGAAUGGAUCUGGUUCUAAUCCGAGUACAAAACGUACUCGUCUGCAAACUUCCAAUCAAGAAUGCCAAAAUUCUGUAGCAGAUGGACUGAAUUCUAGUAGUACUGUUGUCACCACAGAACGAACUACUACUGGGAUUAGAGUUAGUGCACGUCUUCAGCAACAAAGUGUUAAUGAUCAGCCAGUGGUAAACACCAUAGUUGAAGAGCGAGAUGAUAAUGUGAUGUCAGAUAUUAAUCAGGAGCCUCCUUCAGGUACAACCAAAAAGGUGCGAGGGAAGACAAGAGGAGUGAAUGCAGAUAAGGUGUUCUCCCAAUUGAAUUCUAAAAUACCUGUGACUCUGACCGAAGAAAAUGGCAGACCUACGGGCCCUUAUGCUGAGAUGUUUGCAAAUGAAAUUGGUUACACAAUUCGAAACUACGCCCCACUGAAUGUGGAAAAAUGGAAGAAGAUUGAAAAAGCAGAUGUGGAGAACUUGAUCAAAAGAAUGCAGAAUAAAUUUGAAUUUGAUAUGUCGCUCCCUUGGGUCCAGAGAUAUGUAAUUACAACAUGUCAGACCGUAUAUUGUAAUUUUCGUUAUAAGUUAAAGAAACAUUUUGAGCAGUUUUCAACAAUUGAGGAGGCAAUUGAAAACAAACAUGAAGCUGUCAAGACUCAGGAAGAAUGGGAGUUUCUUUGCACUCAUUUUUCUAGUGAAAAGUUUAAGAUUCGCUCAGAGAAGAAUGUUCUUAAUAGGUCAAAGUUGACAUAUCACCACAAAGCUGGGUCAAAAUCAUUUAUGUCACACCAAGAGCAAAUUGCAACACAGACUGGAGAGAUGCAAUGUGCAAUUGAUCGUUUUGAAACAGAGUAUAGAAGCACAAAAAAAUGAUGGGACUUGGGAGCAAAGGAAAAAUGGGAUCAAAUGAUAAAGAUGCGAGCAGAUACCACUCAACCUGAUGGAACUCGAACAAUGACAGAUGAGGAAAUUUGUGCAAAAGUUCUCAAAGUCAAAUCAGGCUACAUUAAGGG